AUGGGUGAUGAUAAUUCGAUGGAUGAUGAUAAUUUGAUGGAUGUGAACCUAAUGGAUCUUGAUUUGAACCAAGAACCCACCGACCAACCUUUGCGUAGGGUCGAAAGAUACGGGUCGUUAUUGAACGAGUUGGAAACGGCCCACGGUAGGAUAGAGGAGAGGAUUCGACAGCUAGAGGCUGUCAGUGCUCGUGCAAGGCAGCGGCAGAGGUGGCGGCAAUCGAGGAAUUCGCCGGAAGUUAGUUAUACCCCCGUUGAAACAAUGGUUGAUGUCGGCCAGAGUGCCGCCCCGAACGAAAACGGUAACACUUUGGCUAUUGUAGAAAGAACCACCGAGAGGGGAAAAGGUUGUAAAAGAGAUAGUUCCCAUUUGGUGGCGCAAGCGUUAGAGAUAGAUUCCGAUGCUAAGAAGAAGUUUGAUAAAGAGAGUGGGAGCUUUUACGAUUGUAAUAUAUGUUUGGAGAUGGCGAACGAGCCCGUGUUAACUUGCUGCGGUCAUUUAUUCUGUUGGCCGUGUUUUUUCCAGGUGUCGAAAAUCGAUUCGUCGACGGCUUCGAAUCCUUCUAAAGAAUGCCCCGUUUGUAAGGGAGAGGUUUCGGACUCAACCGUGAUUCCCAUUUACGGAAACGGUGGGGCCCACGAAAGCGCUGUGUGCGAAACGGAAUCCGGCUUGAAGAUUCCACCGAGGCCAAAAGCUCGUAGAGUCGAGAGCGUUAGGCAGCAGCGUAUUGCGCAGGGCUUAUCUCAUGUUCCCGUCGCGGAAGCACUUAGGCGAAUCAGAAUUAGUAUCGGCGCAACUGGCAAUCGAACGCAGCCGAAUUCAGAAACUAGUGGGGGCCCACGAAUAAGGAUGCAUCAAGUUUCGAGGGUAUUAUCGGAAAGUGCCGCUUCUCUCUCCUCACUCUCGUCGGCUCUGAGUAAUGCUGAAAGAUUGGUUGAAGAUCUCGAAACGGUUAUUAACAACAGGCUGUUGCAAAACGAGACGCGGGCUUUCUUAGCCGAUGUCAUAAAUAAUCCUUCUGCUAGAGCCGUGCAAACGAAUAACGAGGCUCCGAAUUCAACCCCUGAUAGCAAUGGUGGUGCCGCCGCCGCCCCGUCUUCUUCGUCUUCUUCUGUUAGAAGAAGAAGCCUUCUUUCGAGGAAUUUGGAUUUGGACAGUCGAGAUGCGCGCGAAUCUAGAAGAAGAAGAUUGAACUAG